UUUCCUUAGUGUAUCUGCUUUUCGCCUUCCUUCUUCAGCAAUCUUAAACCGCAGGCAAUAAAUGUACUCUGUGCUUGCACUCUGCUAGCAAGAUGCUCCGACAGAAAUAUCAGCUCUCUCCCCCACCUGCUUGGUCAGGAAUGGUACAGUCUGCAGAGAGACUCCUGUAAUGUAGCUCAGUUUAUCAAUCCCUUACAGAUGCCGAACAGUGAUUACUCCGCUGUGUAAUUGAAAUCAUUUUGGAUUUGUGAUGAUAUCUUAGCCAAGCAGAAGCUGAUGAGAAAAUGAUAUGGAGACUUGGUUUGAGUGAUGCAUUAGAUUUUAGUUCAUGUCCUAUGAAUCUCUGGAAAGGUCCAGAGGAAGAGAUGACCAGGUUCCUUACUACAGAUACUACAGCCUGAGUGCAGCAUAAUGGGAAAUGGUGAAUGGAAUGGAGCUGGUCUGCAGCCUUGAAAGCAGCCAUCCUGCGGACUAUUACCUGGUCAGGAACACCUCAGUCAUCAGAGGCAUUCUCCACUGACUUCACUGGAUUCUUCUUAAUCCCUUAGGUUGGAAUUUGAGUCCCUCGCUUUGCAAUUUUGAAGCAAUUUUAAAAUUCCGUCUAAUAUACAGAGUGGAGCAAUACAAUCAGCAACAAUGGGUGACAUGACUAACAGCGAUUUCUAUACCAAGAACCAAAGAAAUGAGGCCAACCGUGCAGGAGAGUUUGGGUGCUCACUGGAGGAGCUGCGCUCCCUCAUGGAACUCAGAGGAACAGAAGCAGUAGUGAAAAUUAAGGAGACGUAUGGGGACACAGAGGGCCUCUGCAGGCAUUUAAAGACAUCACCAACAGAAGGAUUACCUGGCACUGCUGCGGAUCUAGAAAAAAGAAAGCUUAUUUUUGGGAAAAACUUUAUACCUCCAAAGAAGCCAAAAACUUUCUUACAGCUAGUUUGGGAAGCACUACAGGAUGUGACUCUUAUAAUCUUGGAAAUUGCAGCCAUCAUAUCUCUGGGGCUCUCAUUUUAUCAGCCGCCUGGAGAAGGGAAUGAAGGUUGUGCUACUGUAUCAGGAGGAGCUGAAGAUGAAGGUGAGGCAGAAGCUGGCUGGAUUGAAGGUGCCGCUAUUCUACUCUCUGUUGUUUGUGUUGUACUCGUCACUGCCUUUAAUGACUGGAGCAAGGAGAAGCAAUUUCGUGGGCUUCAAAGUCGUAUUGAGCAGGAACAGAAAUUUACUGUGGUCCGAGGUGCACAAGUUAUUCAAAUCCCAGUGGCAGAGAUAGUAGUUGGUGACAUUGCACAGGUUAAAUAUGGUGAUCUCCUGCCCUCUGAUGGGAUUUUCAUUCAAGGAAAUGACCUUAAAAUUGAUGAAAGUUCUUUAACUGGAGAGUCGGAUCAAGUCCGCAAAUCUGUUGACAAGGACCCUAUGCUGCUAUCGGGUACUCAUGUCAUGGAGGGCUCUGGGCGAAUGCUCGUAACUGCGGUGGGAGUGAAUUCUCAGACAGGCAUCAUCUUUACUCUAUUAGGGGCUGGUGGAGAAGAGGAGGAAAAAAAAGAUAAGAAAGAUUCUUCCCAUCCCUCCUCCCACCCUCCUUCAGCUACAGAUGGUGCAGCAGGUGCAAAUGCCACUGAUAAUGCAAAUGCCAGCUUAGUCAAUGGCAAAAUGCAGGAUGGGAAUAUGGAGAACAGCCAGAAUAAAGCCAAGCAGCAGGAUGGUGCUGCUGCCAUGGAGAUGCAGCCACUGAAGAGUGCAGAAGGAGGAGAGGGAGAUGAAAAAGAAAAGAAGAAGUCUAGCAUGCACAAGAAAGAGAAAUCUGUCCUCCAGGGAAAGCUGACCAAACUAGCCGUCCAGAUAGGCAAAGCAGGUUUGGUGAUGUCUGCCAUUACUGUAAUAAUUUUGGUACUGUACUUCGCUGUUGACACUUUUGUUAUCAACAAGAAGCAGUGGUUGCCCGAGUGCACUCCUGUUUAUGUUCAAUAUUUUGUCAAGUUCUUCAUCAUUGGUGUUACUGUGCUCGUGGUUGCUGUUCCUGAAGGACUUCCACUUGCUGUCACUAUUUCUCUGGCUUAUUCUGUUAAGAAAAUGAUGAAGGAUAACAAUCGGUCCGCCACUUAGAUCUUGUGAGACUAUGGUAAUGCUACGGCCAUCUGCUCUGACAAAACAGGGACACUUACAACCAACAGGAUGACAGUAGUGCAAGCCUACAUUGGUGAUGUCCACUACAAAGAGAUCCCUGACCCAGAUUCUAUACCAAACAAAACCCGAUUGUUGGUUAAUGCAAUUGCCAUCAACAGUGCUUAUACUACAAAAAUUCUGCCACCAGAAAAGGAAGGUGGCCUGCCUCGUCAGGUUGGCAACAAGACAGAAUGUGGCCUGUUGGGAUUUGUCCUGCAACUGAAGCAGGAUUACCAGCCUGUUCGGAAUCUAAUCCCCGAGGAGAAACUCUAUAAAGUAUACACGUUUAACUCCGUGAGAAAGUCAAUGAGCACUGUCGUUAAAAUGCCAGAUGGCAGUUUCCGAAUGUACAGCAAAGGUGCUUCUGAAAUUGUUCUGAAGAAGUGUUCUAGAAUCAUUAAUGCAACAGGUGAGAUUCGUGUCUUCAGACCCCGUGACCGGGAUGAGAUGGUGAAGAAAGUGAUUGAACCCAUGGCCUGCGAUGGACUGAGAACUAUUUGCAUUGCAUAUCGGGACUUCAGCAGCAACCCAGAACCAGACUGGGACAGUGAAAAUGACAUUUUAACUGACCUGACCUGCAUUUGUGUAGUUGGUAUUGAAGAUCCAGUAAGGCCUGAGGUCCCAGAAGCCAUAAGAAAGUGCCAGCGAGCUGGAAUUACAGUUCGCAUGGUCACUGGGGACAACAUCAAUACAGCUCGUGCCAUCGCAAUAAAGUGUGGAAUUAUUCAUCCAGGAGAAGACUUUCUCUGCAUAGAGGGAAAGGAGUUUAACAGGAGGAUCCGAAACGAGAAGGGAGAGAUUGAGCAAGAACGUAUUGACAAGAUCUGGCCAAAACUACGAGUACUUGCUCGCUCAUCUCCCACAGACAAACACACUUUGGUGAAAGGAAUUAUUGACAGCACGCAGGUGGAGCAGAGGCAGGUUGUUGCAGUGACUGGUGAUGGAACCAAUGAUGGACCGGCACUUAAAAAAGCCGAUGUUGGCUUUGCAAUGGGCAUUGCAGGUACUGAUGUUGCAAAGGAAGCCUCAGAUAUUAUCUUGACAGAUGAUAAUUUCAGUAGCAUUGUGAAGGCUGUAAUGUGGGGCCGUAACGUCUAUGAUAGCAUCUCCAAGUUCUUACAGUUCCAACUUACUGUUAACGUUGUGGCUGUGAUUGUGGCUUUCACUGGGGCAUGUAUUACACAGGACUCUCCACUGAAAGCUGUGCAGAUGCUGUGGGUCAAUCUAAUUAUGGACACCUUUGCUUCUCUUGCUCUGGCCACUGAACCCCCUACAGAGUCUCUACUGCUAAGGAGACCAUAUGGCAGAAACAAGCCUCUUAUAUCACGUACCAUGAUGAAGAACAUUCUGGGCCAUGCUGUCUACCAGCUAACUCUCAUUUUUACGCUUCUCUUCGUUGGUGAAAAAAUGUUUAAGAUUGACAGUGGUCGGAAUGCACCACUCCACUCUCCUCCUUCUGAGCACUAUACCAUUAUCUUCAAUACCUUCGUCAUGAUGCAGCUAUUCAAUGAAAUCAACGCACGCAAAAUCCAUGGCGAGAGGAAUGUUUUUGAUGGCAUUUUUAGAAACCCUAUAUUUUGCACUAUUGUACUGGGUACAUUUGCUGUACAGAUAGUAAUUGUGCAGUUUGGUGGGAAACCUUUCAGCUGCUCUCCGCUGCAGCUUGACCAGUGGAUGUGGUGUGUAUUUAUUGGACUAGGAGAACUUGUCUGGGGUCAGGUCAUUGCUACCAUCCCAACAAGCAGGCUAAAGUUUUUAAAGGAAGCAGGGCGGCUCACUGAAAAAGAGGAAGUACCUGAAGAAGACCUGAAUGAAGAUGUUGAAGAAAUUGACCAUGCAGAGAGAGAACUUCGACGUGGACAAAUUCUCUGGUUCAGAGGGCUCAACAGAAUCCAAACUCAGAUCCGCGUCGUGAAGGCAUUCCGUAGCUCUCUCUAUGAAGGGUUAGAAAAACCAGAAUCUAGAACCUCCAUUCACAACUUUAUGACUCAUCCUGAAUUUAGGAUAGAAGAUUCCCAACCCCACAUCCCACUCAUUGAUGACACAGACCUAGAGGAAGAUCCUGCUCUCAAGCAAAACUCUAGCCCACCAUCUUCGCUGAACAAGAACAACAGUGCUAUCGACAGUGGAAUAAAUCUUACAACUGACACAAGUAAAUCAGCUACCUCUUCUAGUCCAGGAAGCCCAAUACAUAGCCUGGAGACAUCACUUUAGCUGAAAGUUCACUGCAAAAAAUAUAUAUAAAUAAAAACAGCAACAGAAGUAUAUAUAUAGAGAGAGAUAUAUAAAAAACUGUACUGGCUGAGAAGCUGUUUGAACUCUUAUUCACUUUGUGACAAGUGAAUGAAUUGCUGACCACAGUGGUUUUGGGGAAAGAAUGAAUGGCUGAUUUACAUACCCCUUUUUGCUCCCUUGCAGAAAAACAAAAACAAAGAACCCUCCUGCAUGAAUGUGCUGUGCACUUCCAGCUCCCACCCCGCUCUCUCUCACGCGCGCUGUCUCUCUCUCUCUUUUUUUAAGCAGUAAAUGCAGAGGACUUUUUUCUGAAGCUAUUUAUCCAAUUCACUGGUCUGUGAGUUUUUUGAAAUGCUUGUGUGGCAUGAAUUCAGUUGUAUAGAUUAAUUUAAAUAACGUUUUUGAAGUUGCAAAGCUUAACUUGCACAGUAGAUUUGCACCAGUUGGACAGAGAAACUUAAUAAACAUUUAUGAGAUUAUAUAUAGAGAUACAUACAUAUAAAUAUAUACAUAAUUAAUGAUAUACAUAUAUAUGUAUAUAUCUAUCUAUAUAUUUAGUUAUAUAUAAAGUUUCUUUGUUGGCAUGUUGCCUUGUUUCUGCUCAAAUUGCUCUGACUAUUAUAACUUAUUUAUGUCCUAAAAAAAAAAA